UACAUUCUGCUCAGCGAUUGUCAGUCUUAGUUUAGCCCAGUGUGGUCGCAUUACACAUUCACGUACCCUCCCUUGAAAAAAAACACUUUCGAGUUCUAAUCAACACUACUACAUUUCUGUGAAAAUGUUCAAAUUGCUCAUCGUCUCUGCUCUGGCAACGGUUGCCCUGGCCCAAUCCAACCCGGAUGCCGAUGCCCAAAUCCUGGACCAGAACAACGUAGUCAACCCGGACGGAUCGUACGCAUGGAACUACGAAACGAGCAACGGAAUUCGCGCCCAGGAGGAAGGUGUCGGUGGCCAAUCGGCUCAGGGAAGCGCCUCGUGGACCGAUAAGGAUGGAACCCCUAUCUCUCUAACCUACGUUGCAGAUGUCAAUGGAUUCCAGCCCACCGGAUCCCAUCUGCCACGUCCAGACCCAGUCCCAGCCCAUGUGCUCAAGACCCUCGAAUUCAUCCGUUCCAACCCACCAAACGAUCCCGAGUUCAACAUCGAAGCACUGAACGCCGAAAUCGCCAGACUGCAGGCCCUGCAGUAAGAAGCAUCCUGAAGUGUCCUCUGGCUGGCACAAACAAAACUCAACCCACGGGUUUCUGAGGCCCGUGGCCGGAACUCGCUGUGACCUGCGCACAUACUCAGCUGUAACAAAGAAACAUUACCAUGCGGAUUAAUCGAAACAAACACAACCGGAAGGACGAAUUUGGAAACUUUGCAAUCUUUGUAAAUUUAUUGUAAAUAUUCUCAGUAUUUUCAACGUUUAAAUUUUGUUUAAACGAAAAGAAGCGUUUUUUUUUUUCUAAAUAAUGCUAGCAGAUUUGAGCAUUUUCAGUAUGCAUUUAAUGCUUGUGAGACGAAACAACAACGAUGUGCCUUUUUGUUUUCUAGUAAGUUUCUGUUUUGAGAUUAAACAAACGAGAAGAGAUGAUAACAUGGAAGGGCGUCAAACGCCAAAACGAUUUGAAAAGCAUCGGUUUUUUUUAACGAGUGAAGGAACAAUUUUAAACAUCUAGAAUUCAUCAAAAAGAGAUAAACCGAUCGCGCGAGAGAGAAAGUAAGAGUGAGAAAUUUUCUUCCAACUGUCAACUGGGAGAGGCGACGAUGAUGAUGAUUAUGAUCUGUUGAAGCUUGAACAACACUUUGCAAAAACCAAUACACCUAUGUAUACUUAAAUCGUAUAAGCAAAACCUGAAGAAAACAAAACAUUAAACGAUUCAGCAAAGAGAGAAGUAGUAAUUUUAAGCGUAAGACAAAAGAAACCAGAUAAGUGUACCAUCUCAAUCAGUGACAUAACUUGUUCAUACAAUAAAGGAUAUUAUUUUUAUACCGUA